UAAGUUUCAUUAAAAACAUUUUUUUUUUGUAAGCGAGUAAAUAUUAGUUGAUAUGAAUACAAAGAGUUUACAAUGUAGCUUAAAAACAGUGUAGCACCCUGAUGGCCAGGGCUGCCAAACUUUACAGGGAAACGAAGCCGGCAGAAUGCAGUGGCUUAAACCGAAGCUCCGAUUUAUUUGCUUAAUUUUUAUUUUAAUAAGCUCAGCAUGCGGCCAAUUAGGACGGGAUCCCAACGGCUACCUCACCUACUGUCCCUGCAUGGGACGCUUUGGUAACCAGGCCGACCACUUUUUGGGCUCAUUAGCUUUUGCCAAGGCUUUAAAUCGCACCCUGAUCCUACCGCCAUGGGUGGAGUAUCGCAAGGGAGAGCUACGCUCCCGCCAAGUGCCCUUCAACACGUACUUUGAUGUGGAACCGCUGCAGGAGUAUCAUCGCGUCAUCACCAUGGCGGACUUCAUGUGGCACUUGGCCGACGACGUCUGGCCGGAAUCCGAGCGCGUAUCCUUCUGCUACAUGGAACGCAAGAGCCUACAGAUUGAGAAGAACGAUCCGGAAAAACCCAAUUGUCAUGCCAAGGAUGGGAAUCCGUUCGGCCCAUUUUGGGACACUUUUCACAUUGAUUUCGUGCGAUCCGAGUUCUAUGGGCCCCUUCACUUCGAUGUCCACCACAGUGCCGUCGCCGCUAAGUGGCAGGCGAAGUAUCCACCCGAAUUGUGGCCCGUUCUGGCCUUCACCGGAGCUCCGGCCAGUUUCCCCGUUCAGUUGGAAAAUUGCCAACUGCAGCAGUACAUGCACUGGAGCCAGAGGUACAGGGAGGCGGCCAGGGAGUUUAUCCGAGAGCAGCUGCCGCGAGGCGCCUUCGUGGGCAUUCACCUGCGCAACGGCAUCGAUUGGGUGCGAGCCUGCGAGCACGUCAAGGAUAGCCAACACCUCUUUGCUUCGCCCCAAUGCUUAGGAUAUAAAAACGAGCGGGGUCCCCUCUAUCCGGAGCUCUGCAUGCCCUCCAAGGAGGCGAUUGUACGACAGUUGAAGAGGACCAUCAAGAAUGUGCGUCAAACUCAGCCCAAUAAUGAGAUCAAGUCCGUUUUCGUGGCGUCGGACUCGAACCACAUGGUUGGGGAGCUCAGCACGGCGCUCACACGGAUGGGGAUCAGUGUACACAAGCUGCCAGAGGAUGACCCCUACCUGGAUUUGGCCAUACUCGGACAAUCAAACCACUUUAUCGGCAACUGCAUUUCAUCGUACUCAGCAUUUGUUAAGCGGGAGCGCGACUCGCAUGGUUUUCCCUCAUAUUUCUGGGGAUUCCCUAAGGAGAAGGACCGCCAACCGUCCAAGGCGCAUGAGGAGCUGUAAACGAUUAUCAGUAAUUAUCUACUUAAAUACUCAACUUGGCCAUUUUUCGGUUUUCACAUUCACAGAAGGAUUUUAUACAAUUUUUAUCUUGCCAUUUGUAUUACCUUUUAAAUUGUUCUUUUAAAUUUCACUUAAAAUUUUGUUAGUACAUUGCUGAAGCUUAACUAGAACGUUUUGUUAAACUUAUAUUGAAAGAAAUGAAUGAAAACCGAACAGCCUUUGAAGACACUCUUUAGUUGUAAGCUAGAAAAGUAUUCCUCGCAAUCAACGAGACUUGUCUUUCGAUUUUACUUAUAAAUUUAUUCAAGUUAUCCACGCACGCUCUCUUGAAAAUAAUUUAGAUCGUAAUUCAAUUGCCCGAA